CUGAAGAGGUGGUGACUGGCAGCAGCAAACGGUGCCUGAGCUCCCCUCGAUGUGUCAGGAGGAUCCCUCUAUGCGAGCAACGCCACGCGAAGGCGAGGGGGGCUCAUCUCUCGCGAGGAACAACGCCGUUAUCGGAAUCGCUACAAACAACACGAGAAUUCAUCAUUCACACGCUGUGAACAAUGUCUGAACAAGACUUGGAUGAAAUUGUUCAAAUAACAGUGGAGGACUUCAACCAGGAAGACCAUACAGAUGUUCAGUAUUCGUGCCACGGAUUGGACCAGGAACACACCUUCAACCUGGACAUCCCAAAGUGAAAUCUAACCCGAAGGCUGUCGUGUGUUUUGAGGGUGUCUUUGUAUUUGAUUCACAUCAGACAUGCUGGACAAUCAUGAAGACGAUGAAGAAAGGCCUCAGAAGAAAAAGAGGAAAUUAAGCAGCAGCCAGGAGAAUAGCAACAGCAAUCAAGACAUAUCUUUUAUUAAGAACCUGCUGAUUUCAUUCACUGGCUCAAUCAGCCAGCGGCUGGAGGGAAUUGAGUUGAAGCUACAGUCUCUGGAUGCUACAUGCAAAGCUCUCGGGCGCAAACUAGACAGUAUGGUCUCCUGUUCGAAGAGUCCGAUCCAGAUUCCCAUGGUUGCAGGUUCACCUCAGGGGGCGACUCAAACGUGGAACAAAGUGCGAUGUGUUGUACCACAAACAAACGUGAUAGUGAGUGGUGAACACCCAAAGCCCCCAGCCCAGGAAGACACUCCACUAGAGAACCUACUCAACAACACGGUGGCCAGAAGGCGACAGAACACAAUCCUGGUAAAGGUGCCGGGUCCCGACGAGAGUCAGGAGGAACAGGAGAGCGGCUCAGAGGCCAGUGACACGGUUUCCAAUGGCGGCCAGUCGAGCAACGCACAAAAUGGACAAAAUGUCACACUCAUCACACUUAAUGCAGAAGAUGAUUAUCCAGAUGGCACCUGGUUGGGAGAUGAGAACAACCCAGAGAUGCGAGUUCGUUGUCCAGUGUCUGCGGCCGACAUGCUCCAUAUCGCCACGAACUGCCGCACAGCAGAGAAAAUGGCGCUGACGCUGUUGGAUUACCUGUUCCACCGGGAAGUCCAGGCCAUGUCAAACCUCUCCGGGCAGGGCAAACACGGAAAGAAGCAGCUCGACCCGCUCAUGAUCUAUGGCAUUCGCUGCCACUUGUUCCACAAAUUUGGCAUCAGCGAAUCAGACUGGUACCGCAUCAAACAAAGCAUCGACUCAAAGUGCCGGACCGCCUGGAGACGCAAGCAGCGCGGCCAGAGUCUGGCUGUCAAGAGCUUCUCCAAACGCACACCACGCAAAGGUGCAGAGGAUGGCCUGGCAGGAGAAACAGCCCACAUUGAGACUGCUACCCAGCAGACCUUGCACUACACGCUGGCCAAUCAGCAGGUUCAGUUCCAUCGUAUUGGUGAAGAUGGACAAGUUCAGGUGAUCCCACAGGGACAGUUGCAUAUUGCCCAAGUGCCCCAAGGAGAGGAGGUGCAGAUCACACAGGACAGUGAGGGAAACCUGCAGAUUCACCAGGUGCACGUUGGCCAGGACGGGCAGGUCCUGCGUGGAGCUCAGCUGAUAGCCGUCGCGUCGGCCGACGGUGGAGCCACGGCGGUGGAGGGCUCCCCCCUGCCCCCCGACAUCCAAGUGCAGUACGUCCAGCUAGCCCCCGUUGCAGAUCACACGGCUGCCGUGCAGGCUGCUGAGCUGGCCCCAGCCCUGCAGGCCGACAUGGAGGUGAAAGAGGCCAUCCAGGGUGCCAUCCACGGAGACAACGGCGAGGUCGUCCAGAUUGUCACCUCUGUGGCCACCUGAGGGGCCGUCUGGCUCGACGAAAAGACCUGCGAUCUGCACAAGAGCGCGGCCCCGACGAGCAUCGGCGGAACAUCAGAGGUCAACAAAUGCAUCGUCUGACAAGCAAACCAGCUAGAACGUCUCUCAGCAAAUACUGAAGGUCACAGAUGAAACAGAGGAAAGAACCGUUUUUCCUGUUUUUCCGUUUUCCCUCGCAUACUGCUCAACUCCUUGCCAACCAGAUGUCGAAAAUGUGGAAAUGUUCACAGAGGACUUGAAAAAGGCCGUGAUACUCAAAAAUCCACUGUGGUCCUUCUGGAGUUUUCAUCACCAGAAUGAGUUGACCCACCGCAGAAUACACAGUUGGAUUAUUAUCUAUCCAGGGAGGUUGCUGCUUAUGCAGACCAUCGUCCUGCCACUUCAUCAGCACAAAAUUUGUAUUUACAUCAACUUUGGAAAAUGGUGGAGUUAUUUGGACUUAAGCUGCUUGGCUAACCCCGAAGCCCCCGUGAGGGUUUGCAAAACUCCCCGCUUCCCACCUCAAACAACCAGCAAUGUGCUCCUUUUCUCGUCAUUUGUCACAGUGGACUCCAGCAGAAAGUAGAUUUGGCUGAGGAUGGCUACUCUUUGGUUGUGAUUAAUUUGAUUUCCUGUCACUUGCCAUAAUUCACUCCAUACUAUGUCCCCCGGCUGUGAGCCCGGCCUUCCUUUCCUGUGUUCAGCUUGUUUUCAUAUUGCCUCAGCCGCACAGCUUUGUUUGUUUGUUUGAUUUUUCUAAUUGUAACAUGCUGAAUUUUUUUUCGGGGUGGGGGGAUCUUUAACUUAAAAGACCAUGAAAUAGAAGAAACAGUGCCAGUCGUAGACGGUACAUGUCGCUCGUAGACUGUCGAGGAAACCCUGAAGUUUGUUUAUUUCCCCAGUUUUGUUCCUGUAACAGAUACAGUCAUGUCAAUAAAACAUGUUUGUGGUUGCCAUAAAA